AUGCGCUCAGGAGCUUGUACAUUGCAACAGACCCUCACAGCAGAGGCUGCUUCAGUGUUGAAGCACUCUCUUGGGUUGGCACGCAGAAGGGGCCAUGCACAGGUCACCCCUUUGCAUGUGGCUGCCACUUUGUUGAGCCUAAGAGCCAGUUCCUUGAGAAGGGCUUGUCUCAAAUCUCAGCCACACCAAACUUCACACCCUCUUCAGUGUAGAGCACUUGAACUUUGCUUCAAUGUGGCUCUCAAUAGGCUUCCAACAACUCCUGGCCCUUUGCUCCACUCUCAGCCUUCUCUUUCCAAUGCUCUCAUUGCUGCACUCAAGAGAGCACAGGCUCAUCAGAGAAGGGGUUGCAUUGAGCAACAGCAACAACAGCCUCUUCUCACCAUCAAGGUUGAGCUUGAACAGCUCAUUAUAUCUAUUCUUGAUGACCCUAGUGUUAGCAGGGUUAUGAGAGAGGCUGGUUUCUCCAGCACUGCUGUUAAGAGCAACAUAGAGGACACUUCUUCAGCCCCUAAUGUUUUUCAGUGUUACAACAGUUCUGGUGGUGUUUUCUCCUCUCCUUGUUCACCUUCUCCUAGUGAGAACCAAAGAGAAAGCAUCAAUGCUUCUAGUGUUUUCAGGCAGAACCAUUUCUUGGCUGCUUACACUUCUGAUUUUAGUCCACUUGUGUUUUCUCCACAGAAGAAAGGCACAGCUGUUUCUGUUCCAUCAGGUGGACUUGACUUGAGUCUCCAUGGUUCCAGUGUCCGUGAUUCAAAGAUGACGAUAACACAGAACCCAUCUCAUAUGCUGGAAACAAAGCUCUUUGGUAACAAUAAGGAGGAGCAGGAUAAGCUCAACUGUUGUGAAGAAUGUGCCUCCAAUUAUGAAAAAGAAGCUCAAUUGUUCAAACCAGGUCAAAAGAACCUGUUGCCUUCGUGGCUUCAGUCUAACACCACCGAAGCCCAUCAAAAGGAUGAAUUAACCCAAUUGAAAAGGAAAUGGAACAGACUAUGUCAUUGUCUCCACCAGAGCAAGCAGCCUCAGAACAAUUGGAGCAACAAUUCAAGUUCUAUAUCCUUUGCUGAUUCACCAGCUAAACCGGCUUAUAGCCCCAAUAACGUUGUACCUCGGUUCAGGCGCCAACAAUCAUGCACCAUAGAGUUCAAUUUCAGCGAUGUAACUCAGAAAAAGCCAUCAUCAACGGAGACAACAACAACAACAACAACGUUGGAUUGUCUUAAGGGCAUGGAAGGUAAUAACAAAGAAGUAAAGAUUACUCUUGCACUUGGAAAUUCAACAUUCGGUGGUUCAGGGCAAACGGUGGAAAAUAUAACUACUGAUAGAACACUGCGAAGAGCUCAUAUUUGUAAACUGUUGCAGGAGAAUGUGCCAUGGCAAUCUGAAACAGUUCCUUCAAUAGCUGAAGCCUUGGUUGGUUCCAAUUCAGCAAAGCAAAGUGCUAUUACUUGGUUGUUUAUGCAGGGCAAUGACUCUAUUGGGAAAGCAAGGUUGGCACGUGCCAUUGCAGAAUCAGUGUUUGGUUCAGUUGAUGUGAUCCUUCACUUGGACAUGCUGAGGAAAAAGGAGAAUUCAGCAACCCCAUUUUCUGAAAUGGUGGUUGGAGCAUUGAAAACCCAUGAAAAUCUUGUGAUUUUGAUAGAAAGUUUUGAUUUUGCUGAUGCCCAGUUCAGGAAAUUCCUUGCAGAUGGGUUUGGAACUGCCAAGUUUGGAAAUUUAUGUAGGACUGAGGAGAAUUCAGGCCAAGCAAUAUUCAUAUUGACCAAUGGUAGCACCAGAAGCAAUGAAGAACAGAACAUGGAGUCAGUGAUCAAGUUGGUUUUACAGAUCAAUGAAACCAAGCCUACUUUUGAGUCUUCAUCACCUUGUUUGGGUCACAAGAGAAGGGCUGAACUUGAUUUCUUCACCAAGAUAAAGAAUCCAAGGAUUGAGGAGAAGGAAGAGGAUGUGUUGGUUUCUGAAGAAGGGAACAGAAAGAGAGAAUUUUCAAGGCAUUCUAGCUUUAACAAUCUUGAUCUCAACAUGAUAGCUGAUGAAGGGGAUGAUGGGGAAGACAAAACUGGGGGACAUAGCCCCAUUUCAAGUGAUUUGACUAGAGAAAAUGUAGCAGAUCCUUUGAGCUCAAAUGGGUCUCUUGACUCAGUUGAGAACAAGUUUGAGUUCAAUGAGAAUCCAGAGAAGGAAAAAGAGAUGGGAGAAAAUUUUUUGAACAUGAUAAAAGAGUCUUUCGAGGAGGUUUAUGGCAAGCAAUGUGUGGUGAAUUUUACUGUAGAAGAGAGGGUGAUAGAGGAAAUUGGUGUUGGGUGUGGUUCUUUUACUAACAGCAUGUUUGAGAAAUGGCUGAAAGACAUUUUUCAAAGCAGUUUACAAACAGUUAACUUUGGUGGGAAGGAGGGUAUAGGUUUUACACUUUGUUGGGGUGGUAAAGGUGAUAGGAAAUCGGAUAGUGGGUUCAUGGGUACUUGUUUGCCCAAGAAUAUCCAAGUUAACUACUUCAUGGAUUGA